GAGGACAAAGACCAACCUUCACAGCAGCAGCAAUAACAUCACUAUAAAGGUUGUUCAAUAGGAAAUAUGCCAUUGACUUCACCAUGGCGAUACACUGAUGAACAAAUAAAAACAAUGAGCUGGCAAUGGUUAAACAAGUGAGGAGAGGGUGUAUAAAGGAUCAAGUUACACAGAGAUAAAACAUUAUAGGAACAAGAACAACAAUGGAGACCACUGUGGUUGUGCUGGCGUUGCUGUGCAGCUCUCUGUGUUGGACACAGGCUCAGGGAGACACUGUAGAUGGAGUCAUUGGGAAUGACAUCCCUCAAGAGGUUCUGGAGAUGAGGACCCAGGGAGCGCGCUCCCAACAGACCUGUCAGCCUGACAUCCAUACCGUGCUGAGAGAGAUGAGCGCUAUGCUGGCAGAGCAGAGAGUCGAGAUGACACAUUUGAAGAGAGAAAAUGAUGCACAGAAACUUCAGCUGAGGGCGAUGGAGGAAAAGACAAAGAACGAGUUUGAAGCACAGAAUCUUCAGCUGAGGGCGAUGGAGGAAAAGACAAAGAACGAGUUUGAAGCACAAGCAGAAGUCCUUGACUCCAUCAGAACCAGGUCAAACAUCACUGAAGGCCAGGUGGAAGCUCUGAAGAGGAACAACCAAGUCAGACAGGUGGCGUUCUCAGCCUCCCUUUUUGCCUCUGGCUCUGGAUACUUGGGACCCUUCAACACCCAAACCAAUCUGAUCUUCAGACACGUCAUCACCAACAUAGGCAAAGCUUACAACCCAGACACAGGUUUCUUUAUUGCACCAGUAAGAGGUACCUACCAGUUUCAGUUCUACAUUGGUGCACAUGGGCACGCUUCAUAUGUCUCAGCUGCAGUCUUGGUGAGGAAUGGACAACAUAUAUUCAUUGCCUAUGAGCAGCAACCUUCUGGUUAUGGGACUUCCUCUAAUGGAGCAUCACUACUGCUGGAGGAAGGAGAUGUUGUCUUCCUUAAACUGUGGCAUAACUCAAGGAUAUUCGAUAAUGACCACAACCACAGCACCUUUAGUGGUCACCUGCUGUUCACCAUGUGAGGUGGAACAUUGUUGAGUUAACCUUGUACUAUCCCUUAUUAGAUUGACACAAAAAACUAGUUAUACCAUAAUGUACUAGAACUGCCUAGCUAUAUAGCUGAAAUGAUAUGUUUGGUUAUAUCCUUAACUCAUGUUUGCAUAUGGUCAGUGAUUAUAUGUUUUGAUACAUAAUUGUAAAUACAUUUUCAAAUCCAACCAGUAAAGACCCUUCCACCCA